CAUUAGUUGGCUGAGGGAGGUAUCUCUGGGUUGCCUCAGCUCUGAAAGAGGGUCAUGUCCUCACUAAGUGCUUGUGCUAUGUAUUUGAUGUAAACUAACUGCACCAGGGCUCCCCUUUUAGUGAAUGGUCUACCUGCCGUCAUUUCUAUGGACACUUUUGCUUUUAAGGGCUAUCUAUUCUUGCGUUUCACCAUCUUGCUAGAUGUUACUCUUAAAACUGUAGAUGACCGACUAAUAAUUUCCGUGGAGCAUUUAUCAUUAAAUUGUGUCGUUAGUGCCAUAAUUAAGUGCAACAAUCUAGCAUAGUGUUUCUAUUUCUUGCUUCAAUAAUUUGCCUAGUGUGUUGAAAAUCAUUGGAAGCAAAGUGUUUGUUGGCCAACCAUGAAUCUACCAAUUUCUAACUACCAGUUUCUAGAAUUGUUGGUGCCAGUACGCAAUAUUACAUUGAGAACCCAGUGUCUGUAUUGAUGUCCAGAUCAUCUUGGAACGUGUGAAUUUGUAGGGAUAAUUUGAUAUAAAGCAUGCAAUUUUUCCAUAGAUUGGAUUCCUUAUGAUUGACGAAGUUGGAUGAGCAAAUGAAGUGUUUGAAUAGAUGAAGCUUCAGCUGAAAGUUGUUCUUGCCGUUCUCAUUGGCUUAAUCUGGAUCCAGCAAGGUUUUUCUGAUGAACUUUCAGCUGAAUCAGGCAUCAACAAAUGGACAUGUACAUGUUCAGCAUCAUAUCAAGGAAAUCAGAGCUAUAUUAAAUCUAAUUGUUCUACAUCCUGUGAUUGCAGUCCGGAUGGUGGACAAAGUGGAGGUAUGUGGACAUGUACAUGUUCUUCCGAUGGGUUACCAAAAGUUGCCACUGGCAUUCAAGAUACUACCUGUUUUACAGCCUGCAACUGCACUUCUGGUUCUCUUACUGAUGUUCAAGAUACAAGAAAACAUUUUUCCAGCAAGAUAGUUUUGGUCAUCCUACUAUUAUGUGUCAUACUCACAACUCUUGCAUUUCUUGCUUCAAUAACAUGCUAUAUCUACCGAAAGGACAAGUGCCUUAUCCAGUCACCAGUAUUCUUGUCAGACAGGGAAAGGAGUUGCAAUAGUGCUACUAACUUAAUUAGUCACAGAGCAUCUUCAGUGUCAGAAACUAAAAUCAGGGUUGAUUCCCCCAUUAAUCCUAUAUCAGGGUGUUUUCGCAAGGCUUCUUUCUUGUGUAGGAGCAAAACAGAGAUUAUACAUGGAAAUUUAAUCCUUUUCACGUACUCUGAGUUGGAACAUGCAACCAAUAAGUUCUCCCAUUCUAAUCUAAUUGGACUUGGAGGAAGUAGUUAUGUAUAUCGUGGUCAGCUCAAGGACGGUAGGACUGUGGCAGUUAAGCGGCUGAAAGCUCAAGGUGGUCCUGAUGCAGACUUCCUUUUUUCAACAGAGGUUGAGCUGUUAGCGAAGCUCCAUCACUGUCAUGUUGUGCCUUUGCUUGGCUACUGCUCGAAGUUCCAAGGGAAAUUUUCUGAGAGGUUGCUGGUAUUUGAAUACAUGCCUAAUGGUAACCUGAGGGACUGUCUGGAUGGGGUUUUAGGGGAAAAAAUGAACUGGCAAACUCGUGUUACUAUUGCAAUAGGAGCUGCAAGGGGUUUAGAAUAUCUUCAUGAAUCAGCUGCUCCAAGAAUUUUGCACAGAGAUGUCAAAUCAACCAAUAUUCUUAUGGAUGAAAACUGGAGGGCAAAAAUUACUGAUCUUGGUAUGGCUAAACGUUUAAGAGGUGAUGGAGUUCCCAGCAGUCCCAGUUCUCCUGCAAGAAUGCAGGGCACAUUUGGCUAUUUCGCACCAGAGUAUGCAAUGAUUGGAAGAGCCUCUCUUAUGUCAGAUGUUUUCAGUUUUGGGGUAGUUCUUCUUGAACUUAUCACUGGUCGGCAACCAAUCCAUAAAUCAACCAACAAAGGAGAAGAAAGCCUUGUCUUAUGGGCUACUCCUCUUCUCCAGGAUAGUGGGCUAGUAUUACUAGAGUUGCCUGAUCCACGCUUGAAAGGGAAUUUCCCAGAAGAAGAGUUGCAAAUAAUGGCUUACCUGGCAAAGGAGUGCCUGCUGUUGGAUCCUGAUGCUCGGCCAAGCAUGGGUGAGGUGGUACAAAUCCUCUCAACUAUAGCACCAGAAAAAUCCAAAAGGAGAAACAUUCCUGUGAAUCUUUUUCAGAUGUCUUCAAUCCAGAGAAUGAAAACUGAGCUAUUCAAAGAAAAACCCGACAGUCGAGCUGAAGGUCCUGUUGAUGCAGAGGAAGUACUGAAGCCAGACAGGUCAAUUCAACAGUCAGCUUUAGAUGUAGAACAUGACCUUUUUGUUGGAAGCAACAAUGUAGGGGCAGAUAAUAAUUCAAUCAAGUAUAUGGAGAGGUUAAUCCUUUUGACUUCAAAAGCUCAGAGUUUGCGUUCCUCGGAUGAUGAGGCCGUGGACUUAACUGAGCCUCGGCUAGAAUCAUUCUGCAUGGCUAAUGUUAAAUCUCCAUGAAAAAGCUGCUCCCUAUGAAGGCAAAAAAUAUUUUUUUCAGGUACUUUGCAGGUUGGCAGUACAACUUUUGGUUUCUUACAUAGAGAAGAAUGCAAGUUUUUGGUCAUUUCUUUAUUGAUUUGUAUUUAAUUGUUCAUGUACAGAAAAAUUUAUAGAAAACUCCUUUUUUUGGUAAUAUGAUAUGGCUUCACGGUUCAUCUUACAAAGAAGUUGAUUUAGUUUUUUGUAUGAGAAACAGUGCUCAGGUACAUAUGUGAUACGUCAAAUUCGUUUGCUGGUGAAAUGCUUUAAAUAAGGAAAAAAACCAAGAAAGAAAAACAUAGUGUGGCAAAUUCUGAUAGAAAGCAAGCUUUCAAGUUAGGGCUUGCCAAGAUGUUCAAGCUCAAGUUUGAGUUCUCCUGAUUCUGAUUAAAAACCUUUCUUUUUAAUCAAGUACAACAACUUCGUAGAUAGAUUAUUUCCAGUCAUGACAGUUUGAGAAAUAGGAGUGGUCAUACUUAAUUUUUUUUUGUACCAAAUACAAAUCUUUCUUCGGUGGGCUAUAGGUGACAAAAUAAUUUCUAUCACAAGAUCUUUAAAAAUCUUUAGCUUUUAUCCCAAUGAAUUUCUUGAGUUUGGAAGUUGAAUUGUCGGCACCCUUCAUGACUACGUUUUUUUUUUUCUUGAAUCAAAUUCAAUAUCAAAUAUUAUAUUGCCAUGGAAGCAACUUGGUUCUGUAAUGUGUUUUUUGGUGUAUAUUUUGGUAAGUCAAGUCUCAGUAGGUGUCCAUGUGCAGUGGUAGCCAUGUUGAGCACUUGAGUUGUUCAAGUGUUAAUAAUUAGUUGGGUCGUCCAUUUUUGCAAUUCUAUUGCCUAACUUUGAAUGGUAGUUGAAGGAGUGACCUGAAGAAAGGAUGUUGCAUAAUGUUCUACCAAUUAAUAUCUACCAUUUAACUUCCACAAAGAGAGGAUACCAGCUAAUACCUCAGUAGUUGAAGUAUUGUCCCUCGUCUUAACUCACCAAUGGAUCCUCCUCCACCACCACCACCACCACCAUCUACUGUUCCAUUGCUUGGUCCACCACACCAUGAAGGAGGAUGCUUGGAUUCAUGUUUAUGGUUUCUGUGCUGCUGCGGCCUUUUCUCAUGCUGCUGCCCUCCACUGUUUGAGCCUGUGCCACCUCCCCCCUAAAGCUGCAUUUCUUUAGUUAUACUUGGUUCGUGAGAAGAAACUAGAAAACAUAGUUCAUUGACACUUUAUCUUCUGAUUUUUGGCCCAAAACUGUUGUGAUAACUUUAUUUUCUUUUGUAUCGCUUUUUUGUUUGUUUGUUUUGGUUUUAUGUGAUUCUCUGGCUAUGUUUAGCUGAUGAAUGUUGAGUUGCAACUCUGCCUGUAACAUAGCUUCUCCAAUUUGUGCUUUUUAGAGUUGGUGUGAAUCAUAUUUAUUGAGUUAAUUAUAA